AUGAGGCCCAGUGAGCAACCCAUCUUCAGUUCUCGGGCCCACGUCUUCCAGAUCGACCCAAGCACCAAGAAGAACUGGGUUCCCACGAGUCAGCACGCCGUCACAGUGUCCUACUUUUUUGACAGCACCAGGAACGUGUAUCGGAUCAUCAGUCUGGACGGCUCUAAGGCCAUCAUCAACAGCACCAUCACCCCCAACAUGACAUUCACCAAAACCUCUCAGAAGUUUGGUCAGUGGGCCGAUAGCCGGGCCAACACCGUCUACGGCCUUGGCUUCUCCUCAGAGAGUCACCUAGCCAAGUUUGCAGAUAAAUUUGCUGAGUUUAAGGAAGCAGCACGAUUAGCAAAGGAGAGGUCUCAGGAGAAGCCGGAGCUCACCAACACUCCUUCUCAGGCCCUGUCAGAGAACCCCUGCAUGAACUGCAGCUUCAUGCCUCGUGCUGUGAGGGUGGCUUGGCUGGCCCAGUUUCGCAACAAGCUCGGCAGUGACCUCCCGCCUUCUGGGCAGGAGGCUCCAUCUAGGGGCCCGAAGCGCCAGACUUAG